CGGGCUUCCAUCCCAGUAACAAUAUAAAUUAGAAGCUCCUAGGCCCAGGCCCCCAGCCCACUAUGUAACACAGCCGGCGCCCCCAACCCAAUACCCAUCACCGGCAAUUGGUAAAGCCUGCCUACCUUUCCCCAACGCAUUUCGCACAAUCGCGAUUCCUGCUAUUCUCGCACUUCGCAGUUCGCUCUUCGCACCUAGCAAUUGCUCGCCCCGACCCGCAGGAGAAGAAAAGGUCGAGUUACGACCGGACAAGGGCAAUGCUUCGGCCGCUACCUCGCUCGUCGGUGAUUCUCCCAGCCCUGGACCUGCUCGUCGCCGCACCGUCGUUUUCCUCUUCCCGAUCGGCUGCGCCACGCCUGUUCCGCCUCUCCGACCUGCUAUAGUUUCUAUUCCCACCGUGUCUUUCUUCAAUUCUGCCGCUUCAAGCUUCCAGCCUUCGCCCUUCCCCUUCAACUGGACAUACAUCAAAGGUCAUGGAGUAAGAGUUAGCUUCUGCAAUCUGCAUCAAUGGCUGAAGCAGGCAAAGAUUCUAGCUUGAUUGAAGGCAGUGGAAGAAAUGGGUCGUUUGGUCGGACAACAAGCAGCGUGGAGGGUUCUUCUCUCCGGAGGCGGUCUUCUAGUCUAUCUCGUACACUGUCUUUCCAACCAGAAUACGGUGGUGUGGAGAGUGAUAAUGUGUCCGAAGCGGGUGAUAUUGGGGACAGGGCGCUUCACAGUAGCAGCAGGUUCAGUGAAGAUGGUGGGAGUGUUAGGCGGCUAUCUCUUGAGAUUGCAUUGGAAGGUGGUGUUGCCUUCCCGAUUCCUGAGGAUGAUGCAAAAUCACCUGUGUACCCGUUGCCAGAGGAAGGUGGUGCCGUUCUUGCACCUCGUUCCACUGAGCCAAUGAUUGGGUCCAAGGAGGAGAAGGAGGACUCAUGGAGAUUGCCGCCGUUGUUUGAGUACGUCUCAUGUUUGCUUUAUCUGGCCGUUUUUGGGAUUCUUGGGGUUUUGACAAGGUACUUACUGCAAAAGCUUUUUGGCCCUGGGAUUGCUCGUGUAACAAGUGAUUCCAGCCCUCUGUACCUUGACCUGCCUUCUAAUAUGGUGGGUUCUUUCCUGAUGGGAUGGUGGGGUGUUGUCUUCAAACCACGAAUAUCUAGUGUGUCUGAUCAUCUUGCCAUUGGAUUAACGACGGGAUACUUGGGAAGCCUCACAACUUUUAGUGGUUGGAAUCAGAAAAUGCUUGAUCUCGUCGUUGAUGGCGAAUGGGUCUAUGCUGUUUCCGGCUUUCUCAUAGGCCUGUUCCUUGCAGCAUACUCCAUCAAGCUUGGGGUGGGGACAGCCAAAUGCUUCCAACUAGCAACCCAAAGGCUAAAUUGUGGACAUUGCAACUGGACUGUAAAUACUUGGAGGCGUCAUUUGGCUGUGAUGAUAGUACUGGUGUUAAUGCUUGGCCUUCUAUGGACUCUUAGUGGCACGUUGCUAAGUAAAGAGUUCAGUAGCACCGAGGCCCAACUAUGGAUAGCCUGCAUAGUUGCUGCUCCAGGGGUAUGGAUCAGGUGGUUCUUAGCAAGACUUAACGGUCGUGGUCUGGGGCAGUCAGGUAUUCUAAAGUGGGUACCUUUUGGUACUUUGAUUGCGAAUAUCUCUGCAGCUUGUAUAAUGGCAGGUCUUGCAACAGUAAAGAAGGCGGUGGAUACCAAAAACUGCAACACGAUUGCAACAGGUGUACAGUUUGGAUUCCUGGGCUGUUUAAGUACUGUUUCGACAUUCAUGGCGGAGUAUCAUGCCAUGGAAGAGAGUAGCAAGUUUUGGAGAGCGUACCUAUAUGGGUUGGUAACUAUAUUAGCCGCUUUUGCUCUGGGAAUUUUAAUAUAUGCUGUUCCUGUUUGGUCCAGAGGAUACAGUUGAGCUUCUCCAAGAGUGCCUGAGCGGAGAGAACUCAAACUGCGCCAUCGUGAACAUGCUGGUACGAAGUAAAUAUGAGUCAGAAACGCAAAGGAACUUGUAGAUGCAAGUUUAGAAGAAGAAGAAGAAUCCUUAGAUAUCUUGUUUUAAGCACCAGUUGUUUAUCUGGGAAGGUAAACAGAAGCACGAAUGUCGUGAAACCAUGUACAGUUUGAAUAUGACUUGUCACACUCACAGUAAGUCAGUAAUCCCUCAAGAUGUAAGGAGUGCUUCAGUAGUCUUCAUUUUGGAGUCUUGUAAACCCGAAUUCAGGAGUGGAUAAUAAUUCAUUAAUAUUCAUUCUCUAUUUCUGGCAAAGGUUUAUUGGAAAUCACG